AUGCAAAACCCACUUCAUCCAGAAUCGAUUGUAAAAGAUAAUCAUCUUGAAAAAUUGCCCAAUGAUACUACUAUACGUCGUUUACCCGUUCAACAGUAUAUUAAUAUCGGUUCUUUGUACGAUGCUAGAACAGAUUCAAUUAUUCGAAAUAUAUUAUUGCGACAAAAUGCCAUAAUUAAACCAAUAUUAUUCAAAACUGUAUAUUGCGAAAUACUCAAAGAUGAUCGUAUAGAAGCUAAAAAUUUACUUCAUGAAAUCGGUAUUGACGAUGAUCAAUGGUUAAGUUUAGCAUUAAACAUGAUUUCUAUCGAUGAAAUAUCUCCAUUAGUUGAUUUAAUAUUUCACAUAAAUAAAAAAUCUCGAAUAUUUCAUUAUUGCUAUAUAAAUGACGAAAAAUGUGUCACUGAUCAAUUGCAUAAACUUCGAGAAACUAUACCAGUAACAAUGAUUGAUAAAGAUACAACUCAUAUUAUUUCUGGAAUUCGAUCAGGAAUUCAUGUUGUUGCUAUAUUAAAAGUAUCUGUUGAUAAUGAAAAUGAAAUCAAUCAUCUAUUAGAAAAAAAAUGUCAAGAUUUAACAACAGAAACAAAUUUUCAAAUAUCAACAUCAGAAAAACAUUUAUUUUCUCAACUUACACUAACAAAUAUCUUCUCCAAUAUAAAAGAUUUAAAUGAAACGAAAACAUUUUUUGACCUUUGUCAACAAAUAGUUCGAAUAAAAAAAUUAAAAACUUUUCAUCGUCCAUUACAAUAUAUUCUUCGAUCUAUUCAAUAUAUUUAUCCAUCUUACGUAAAGAAUGCAGGAAAAUAUAUUCAACUCGAUCAAGAAAAUAUGAUGAUAGUGAAACAAUACUUAUUUCCUUUAUGGUUUAAAAUGAAACAAUUAAAAAUGUUUCUUAAUUCGGAAAUAGAAGAAGUGUUAAAACAAUAUCUUAAAACACAAUUUUAUGAAGUUCAACAACAAAUUCGAAAAGUUCAAGGAGAAUAUUCAAAUAUAAUAAAACGAAUUCGUUAUUGGAUUUUUGAAUAUCGUAAUGGAAGAAUAAAAGUAAAAUUAACUUCUGAUAUGUUGAUUAAAACAAAUGAAUUAUCAUUGGAAAAUAAAAUUGAUAUUUGUAUCGAACGACUUCGAACAUUGAGAGAAAAAGCAAAAUUCAUCAAUGAUUUAAAUCAACAAAAUAUCAAAUAUUUCAAUAUCGAACAUAUUGUGAUUGAAGAAAAUGAUGAUAUCAAAAAAAUUUUACAAAUUAUUAUCAAACCAAGUAAAGAAGAAUUCGUUUUUUGUUCUACUGAUCAAUUAAGAGAGGACGAUCCAUCAAAAUGGAAUGAAUAUUGUAAUAAAUGGAUAAAAAAUCGUGAAAUAAACCUUUCACCACGUCUUACUUAUGUUGAUUUCUCCUAUGUAACUUCGUUUCACUUAUUACAAACGCAAAUAUUUUCUUUAUAUCCAGCAGCCGAUGUAAAAAGAACAUUUGCUUUCCCAAAUCUACCAAUAUCAUCAGCGACAAGAUCUAUUCAAUUAUUAGACAAACAAUUGAAACAAACUCGAGAACGAGUUACUCUUCCAAAACUAGUUCACUUCUCAAAAACAAACCCAAAAUCUUCAGAAUUAGAAGCAAUUGUUCAUAUUGAUAACGCACAGAGCACAUCUCAAUCAUCUGAAAAAUUAACGUCUGAAAAUGUGUUCAAACUAAACGAACAAUAUAAUAAAACUGAAAUCAAACAUUAUGAAUUGAUAUCAUCAAAAAACCCGAUCUUAAAAAAAACUACAAAAGAAAUUCGUAAUUCUCCAACAGUAUCAAGUUUAUUAUCGACAAGAACUCACACAUUUACAUUAGAAAAACAGUCGGAUACUACAGAACAAUAUACUAAUGUAUCAGGAACAUAUUCAAAUUCGACUUUAACAUCCAUACUACAAAAAAAACAUAAAGGUGAAAAUACGAAACAACGAAUCGAUCAAACGAACUCACAAAAAUUAUCAAGUAUAAGACAUGCGUCAAAACAAAAACAAGCUUAUUUGAUUCAAGAGCAGAAUUACAAAUCAAACUCAUUGCCUCAAUUAAAUUCAACUAAUAUAUCAACGAAUAUGCUUUAUCACGAUUAA